ACUUGUAAAUACUUAAACUCACAAAACGCGUCGUCGCACGAUAGAGUAGAGACGAAGACGAAGAAGAACAUAUGCUUCGUCAAAAGUAGAUCCGGAUCCUUCUUCCAUCAUCGGAAUUGUUAAGCUCCGGGAUCUGUAAGGGUUAUAUACUGAUUAGGAAUGGCAUCAAGGAGGAGUGUACGGUAUGCUCAGCUUCCUGGAGAUGAUGAAGACUAUGCAGAUGGUGGUGGUGGUGGGAGGAGAGAUUUCGAUCCUCGUUUUGAUUACACACCGAAGGCGUUUGAUAGAGUGCCAUGGAAAUCGAUAGGACUAGCUGUGUUUCUUCUCGUCCUUGGUUGUUUGCUUCUCCUUUUGGCGGUUUUCAUCUUCACCGGUCACAUGGAAGGAGAUAGCUCUCAAGGAUAUGCUCUUCUUGUCCUUGGCUUCCUUACUUUCCUCCCUGGGUUCUACGAGACACGGAUAGCUUACUAUUCAUGGAGAGGAGCUGAAGGGUACCGUUUCGCUGCCAUUCCCUCUUACUGACUUCCCAACUAGCUUAUCAUCUGUGCAUAGAAAAGUUGUAGUUUUUUUUCUUUAUGAGCAAGUCAUAUUAUAGAAAAUGGAAUCCAAUCUAGACUUUGAGCUGUUUCAUGAAUAUCAGAGAGAUACUACAUAGAUUGUUGAUCCAGUUUGUGAAUCUUAUUGAAUCUCGUUUGUUAUCAGAAUUUGUAUGCCUCUUUUAGUA